AUGUCAAUACCUACAAGAGGAACUGGUAACCCCAAAGAUCCGAUAUCAUUAGAUUCUUCAGAUGAGGAUAGACCAGGGUCGAGUCAAGCUGGACCUUCAAGUGCAGCAGCAAGAUCUGGACGACCAAGCUCAACUACGAGACGAGCUAGUCUACCAAAAUCGAGUCAAUUCGUAGAUCUCACAUUAGACGACUCAGGUUCAGGUUCAGAUACUGCCCCCGCCUCCUCCUCUUCCAGACCACCUGCAUCCUCAUCAAAUUCAUCCAGAAAACCUCGAAGAUCCAUCCCAGUCAAUACAUAUAGAGACGCGAUAGACCUGAGUGAAAAUCAGCCUAUGGCUCGACCCUCCCGACCUGUCAAGGAAGAAGUGACGGGAGAAGUUGGAUCUUGGCUCAAUCCCGUUGUGUAUGAUCCCAAUGUAGCCAAGUCAAAAAUACAGCCAGUAGAAGCUCCAAGUGGAUCAUGGUUGAAUCCUGCAACUUACGUCCCACCACCUAGUUCUCGCUCAAUAUCACUUAAUACAUCAGUAACCCAAGAUGGAAGUUGGUUGAACCCUACUGUACUUGCACCUCCUCCUGAAGAUUCACCGCCCAAAGAAGACUUUACUCUACCUCAAUCUUGGACAGAUCUAAGAUCCCUUCCUUCAACUCCUGGACCAAAUAUCAUGGCCGGACAUGCACCUUCUCAUACCCUUUCACCUCCUAAGCAAGAUUUCGCCCUCCCUCAAUCGUGGACUAAUUUGAGUUCUCUUUCCUCGACUAAUGGACUGAAUACCCCGGCCGACCCUCUACCAAAAGAUCCCAUUGCUGGGCCAUCUACGAGAUCAACGAACAUCUCCGAAAUGGACGGGGCGGACCAUAUGGAAUCUCUGAUCGAUCCUUUAAGCACUGCGCAAUCCAACUCUGACGGAUCUCAGUCAGCCCCUGACGCAAAUAUCCAGCCUUCUUCAUCGAUAAAAGAAGCAGACGAUGGCGUAGCUGGGUCAUGGUUUAAUCCAGUGACACUAGAACCACCACAAUCAGAUCAACCCGGAACAGAAUCAGAGUCCGGCUCAUGGCUUAAUCCUGCAACUUUACAGCCCAAUAUAAGCUAUAAACGAUCACCGUCACCCACAGAGCUAGUGAGGGAAGAUGAAAAAUCUAGGAAAGGGAAAGCUAGGAAAGUAGAUUGGCCGCCGACGAACGUUGAACCUCAAAAGGAGCAAGCGGUUGUGAUUUCUCCCCAAGCGAUUAAGAAAGGUCCGAAAUGGGUGACUGAUGAACAACCUUCUCCCAAAAAGAGUCAACCUGUAGAUGGAUCAGAACAAUCAGGCAAAGGGAAGAAUAACAGCCCAUCACCCUUGUCAUUGGCGCAAAGGUCGGCCCCGGAGAAGACAGUCGAGCAAGAUAUAAUCAUGCAGGAUGCAGAUGUCCCCCCGGCUUUGCCGAUACCACCUGUCGUCUCUGAAAAUGACAUACAAAUGGAGGAAAAUUCACUUCAGGAUCACAACACCGUUUCCGAUCCUCAAAACCUACCUCGGAACUCACCACCAGUAUCGCAGAUUUCUCCAGAGCCUGUCUUGGGGUUGCAUCUGAAUAAUAUUUUCCAAUCAUUGGUACCUCCAGAAGGAUCGAGGGACCCAUCUCCUGCUUUAAUAGCGGACACUACUCUUCCAAUGACAGCGGAACCCGUAUUGGCGGCUGCUGCUCCAGUGGAACCAAAAUUAGUGGAAACGACAACGGAAACUUUGACUAUAUCGGAUGGCGAGGGUACAAUGAUGACAUUGGAUGCGGACGUGCAGAUAACAGGACCAAGCACUCAGUAUGACAUACCUCAAGAGGAAAUGGUUCCGUUGUCGGAUCUAGCUGUCAUGGAUACCCCUAGAUCACAGACUGAAGACUCAACACAGACGAUACCUACGCAUCAGGCAACGAAAUCAUCAACUCAGAUGACACCUAAAUCCUCUGCUGUCCCACGACCCACCUCGAUGUUGGGCAAAUCUCCUUCAUCACCAAACAGAGAUCGUCCCAUCGAGCAGGGCUCGCCACGAAUAUUCACCGGGAUCCCCAUUCCCCAGACUCCAGAAAUCUCGAUGCCACAGACACCCCAGACUACUGACAGUCAAGAGGUAGACGCUGUUCUAGGCACUUUCAUAAUCAGCCCAAUAGCUGAAAUGCGCCCCGUGAAUGCGACUCAAAAUCAUCAAAUAGCCAUUAUCGACUCUCAAGCAUCUCCGGCACAAGAUGUCGGCCUUGCACGAGAGGAACCCACCCAACCUGAUGCCAUCGCAGACUCACCCACCAUACAUCCUCUCCCUUCAGCCUCAUAUAAUCCUUCGCCUGAACCUUCUAUCAGGGAUGAUACGUGGGAUCCACAACCUCUUACAUCGACAGCUCUGCAAGAGUCCCAGUCGAAAGGUUUCGAUGUCAAGCCUGUAUUGCCGGUGCCAUCUGAACCGAUCUCGAUCACGUCGAUACAUGGUUCAUCCUCCAUGCACCCCAUCGAGAUCGAUGACGAUGAUCUGGACUGUCUGACUAGCGACAAGGGGGAUGAAAGCCCUAUCAGGCAGGACAUACUGGUCGAGAAGGAAGUAGAAGAAGUCCGAAUCGGGAUGGACGACGUGGAAAUCGCACCUCUGCCCCAAGAUAGUCCAGUAGAACUUGAACAAAGUGUUCGCCGUUCCAGCAGUGCUCCAUCCAUCGAAGAAAUCACUGGAGAAGUUUUCAUCCCGAAAGUUGGCGAAUCUUCUCGAUUGAUCCCUCGUGCACCCCUAUCAGAGCUGGAUGAACGACAACCCAUACCACGCGUUCGAUCUCGAUCCAAUCGGAAGAUCAUCUCGAGCCCGGAGGAUGAAAGGAGAUCCUCCUCGUCCAGUGAUCAGUCACCUACGCCGAAAUUCGAAGUUGUCAUCCCGACUAGGUCGAGAAAUGCUUGGCGAUGGAUUGUGGAACAUGAUGGUGAAUCCGAUGUCGAGGACAUGGUGGAUGGGAUCUCGGAUGGUGCACCCUCUAGCGGGCCUUCCAAUGCUGUUGAGCUGGUUGAAUACAAUGGAUUUACAGUCCAAAGCUCCUACGAGUUCCCAAUUGCAGGAGAAGUACACACCCCUCCGGAAACAGAAGAGAUCGAAUCCAACAUACAUACAGUCCUAUCAGAGAUUUUGCCCGAUCCACUACCUCCAUCCGAUCGAAUUGGUCGAGCGAACCGAAUGUUGAAUACGAAGUUGAUAGAUGAGUGGAAUCGACGUAAACCCCACUUGACCAAUAACCCUUCAUUGCAUCGAGCAGUGUUCGAAGCUUACAUGGCUCAAAGUACUUCGAUUGACGAACCUCAAGCGGACGAGAUCAGAGUAGUCAAUGAUAUUGAUGGUGAAGGUGCACCACCCGAUUUCGAAUUUCAAUAUUCCAACGAUAUGCUCUAUAACCCUGACGUUCCUGACCCAGAAUUAGGAGUAGGAUGUGAUUGCGAUGGGCCGUGCGAUCCGAACAAUAAGAAUUGUAGUUGUGUGAGAAGACAGGAAUUGUAUUUCUAUGACCUAGGAAUGAAAGGAUUCGCUUAUGAUGAACUAGGACGAAUCAAAGAGACUUCUGUUAGUGUUUGGGAAUGCGGUAAAAAUUGUGGUUGUCCACCUGAAUGUGGGAAUAGGAUCAUCCAACGUGGUCGAGGUCAAGAUACAAAGAUCGAAUUGUUCAAAACCAGAUGGAAGGGGUGGGGUGUAAGAGCCAGAGCACCCAUUGCGGCUGGUACUUUUCUGGGUAUCUAUGCUGGGGAAUUGAUUACUGAGCAGGAAUCGGAGGAGAGAGGGAAAUUGUAUGCUCAGAUCGGUAGAACAUACCUAUUUGACUGCGAUGGUUGGCAAAUCGCACACCCACCUUCAGGUCUAUCACGUAUAGAUUCCAGAUCGGCAGAACUGGCAGCACUCGCCGCUCAGAGAGCAAAGAUCGCAGCUGAAGAAGCUGAUGAUCCGAGUUAUGUCUAUUCUGCUUAUAGUGUGGAUGCCUUUCAUUAUGGGUUCACGCGAUAUUUCAAUCACUCAUGCGAUCCUAAUUUAGCUAUCACGCAAGCUUAUGUCAAGGACUUCCAUCCUGAACGACCUAUCCUCGUUAUAUUCGCUCGACGUCCUAUCGCACGUAACGAAGAGCUCUGUAUAUCGUAUAAAGGAUUACCUGACGACGACGAAAUUCCAAUCCCGACACCUCAACCCAAAUUGACCACUCGAAAUGCCAAAGCUAAGAAAUCCAAAACUUCCGCUUCGGCUCAUAUUACCCCUACGACCAAAGGUAAGGUCGCAGCUAAAGAUCGAUGUAUGUGCAAGACUGCUAGAUGUGAUGGGAGAAUGUUCAAUUAUGGUGGAUAA